CACAGCAGCUUUCAGCAUAUAUUCAAAUGGCCUCCUCUUCCUUUCUCAUCGUCGCUCUUCUCGCCUUGGUCUCAUGGCAGGCUAUUGCAUCUGAUCCGAGCCCUCUUCAAGACUUCUGCGUUGCGGACAACAGCUCACGUGUUCUUGUCAAUGGAUUUGUCUGCAAAGACCCAAAAGAUGUGAAGGCCGAAGACUUCUUCUUGGCUGCCAAGCUUGACAUGCCAAGAGACACUAAAAUGAGCAAGGUCGGGUCUAAUGUCACCUUGAUCAAUGUAAUGCGUAUUCCCGGCUUGAACACAUUGGGUAUCUCCUUGGCGCGAAUCGAUUAUGCACCUUUAGGUGAGAACCCACCGCACACUCACCCUCGUGCCACCGAGAUCCUCACCGUGCUUGAAGGGACCUUGUAUGUCGGUUUCGUCACAUCCAACCCAGACAACAAGUUCUUGUCGAAGGUGCUCAACAAGGGUGAUGUCUUUGUAUUUCCACAAGGACUCAUCCACUUCCAGUUCAACCCAAAUCCCUACAAACCGGCGGUGGCAAUUGCUGGACUUAGCAGCCAGAACCCUGGGGCCAUUACUAUUGCUAAUGCUGUGUUUGGGUCAAAGCCAAUGAUCUCAGAUGAUGUUCUCGCCAAAGCCUUCCAGGUGGAUAAGAAGACUGUGGAUUGGCUUCAAUCUCAGUUUUGGGCAGACAACCACAAUUAGUUUAACAUUGCAUCGACUACUGGAAAGCAGUAUCAUAUAGUUUGAUAUUACAUUUGUUUGUUGUAUUUUAUUAGCUUCCAAAAUAUACCAUGUACUGGUGAAAUAUGUGGUUGAAUAAAAAUAUU